AUGGAUGGCCUUCUUCACCGAUGCGAGUGCUUCCUUGUAAAUCACAACCUACCCUUUCUAGAAAAAGUAUGGAUAGCUGAUAGGUACAAAUUGAAUCGAUUAUUGAUUCUAUGUCUUCGGGAAAUGCGACCGAAUAGUAAAAUUGAUCUGACCGGAUCUCGAUAUUAUGCUUUAAGCGAUAGGGUCAAAGAAAUAGCUGAGCCUCCUCUGGAUUUGGAGAUGUUCCAACGGCAAUCGGAUCUGUUUUUCUCAGCGAUACGGGCGAAGACAGGACGGGUGUAUCAUGUAAAUCCGUAUUACAUGGCCGCAUGGUCGAAUGUUUUUCAGGAGCGCGUUUAUUGUUCUUCAUCGAGUGUCGAGGAGAUUUUCUGCCCAUGUUCUCAUGAAGAACUCAAAGCAUUCCUUAUGGCCAUUCAUCCACCUCAACUUCGUCUGAACGAUGAUUGCCUUUCAACUCGAGCUCGAGCUGCUAUGCUGGAUCGACUCGCGGUACUUCUCGAUGAACCCGGUAUGCAGCCCCAUCACUGCGCUAGGUGUAAGGCUACCUCGACUUGUACAUCAGUCACUUGGAUGUGUCCUCAGUGCAAAACCUAUUCGACGGAUCCGAAUCUCCUUCGGCAUCCACAAAAUGCGCAGCAGUCAUCGACUCGAUAA